GCCCGCCUUCGACGCCAUCGACAUGGCCUGGCCCUACUUUCUGGACUGCGGCCGCUACUUCGGGGGUGAGGGGGAGGACUGCUACAACCCCCUGGAGAAGCUGCGAGGGGGCCUGGACGCGGAGGAGGCGCUGCCGUCCGGGCUGCCGGCCACCUUCAUUGACUUCACCCACCACUCCUACACCAGGAUGGUGCGGGUGCUGAGGCGGACGGCGGCCCGCUGCUCCCACAUCGCCAGGACCUACAGCAUCGGGCGCAGCUUCGACGGCAAGGAGCUGCUGGUCAUAGAGCUCUCGGCUCGCCCCGGCCAACACGAGCUGAUGGAGCCCGAGGUGAAGCUCAUCGGCAACAUCCACGGCAACGAGGUGGCGGGACGGGAGAUGCUCAUUUACCUGGCCCAGUACCUGUGCUCCGAGUACCUGCUGGGCAGCCCCCGCAUCCAGCGCCUGCUCAACACCACCCGCAUCCACCUGCUGCCCUCCAUGAACCCCGACGGCUAUGAGGUGGCGGCUGCCGAGGGCGCCGGCUACAACGGGUGGACGAGCGGCAGGCAGAACGCUCAGAACCUGGACCUGAACCGAAACUUCCCCGACCUGACCUCUGAGUUCUACCGCCUGGUUGCCGCCCGUGGCACACGCACCGACCACAUCGCCAUUCCACAGCACUACUGGGGGGGUAAGGUGGCCCCCGAGACGAAGGCCAUCAUGAAGUGGAUGCGGACCGCCCCCUUCGUGCUCUCGGCCAGCCUCCACGGGGGCGACCUGGUGGUGUCCUACCCCUUUGACUUCUCCCAGCACCCCCACGAGGAGAAGAUGUUCUCUCCCACACCAGACGAGAAGAUGUUUAAGUUGCUGGCCAGAGCCUAUGCCGAUGUCCACCCCAUGAUGAUGGACAAGUCAGAGAACAGGUGUGGGGGCAACUUCCUGAAGAGGGGCAGCAUCAUCAACGGGGCCGACUGGUACAGCUUCACCGGAGGCAUGUCCGACUUCAACUACCUGCACAGCAACUGCUUCGAGAUCACGGUGGAGCUGGGCUGCGUGAAGUUCCCCCCCGAGGAGGCCCUCCACACCCUCUGGGAGCACAACAAGGAGCCGCUCCUGAGCUUCGUGGAGAUGGUGCACCGGGGCAUCAAGGGCGUGGUGAUGGACAAGUUCGGCAAGCCGGUUAAAAACGCCCGCAUUUCCGUCAAGGGGAUUCGCCAUGACAUCACCACAGCCCCAGAUGGCGACUAUUGGAGACUGCUCCCCCCAGGGUCCCACAUAGUCAUUGCUCAAGCUCCCGGCUACUCCAAGGUCAUCAAGAAAGUCACCAUCCCCGCCCGGAUGAAGAGGGCCGGCCGGGUGGACUUUAUUCUCCAGCCACUGGGGACCGGACCCAAGAAAUUCCUUCCCGGGCCUCGGAGAGGCGGGCCUGGGCUCCGAUACCCGCCAGGGGGUGCGGGCCCCCACGGGGAGCCCGAGGAGCCCGGCCGGGAGCCCCUGCGGAGGCAGCCGGGCAGCGGGAGCAAGCCCUGGUGGUGGUCCUACUUCACGGCGCUGAGCCAGCACAAGCCGCUCUGGCUGCUCAAGUACUAG